UAAGUUCAUGUGAAACUUUUAAAGUUUGAUAUCAUGAAUGUUAUGUACAUGUUUUUUCAUCAUAAUUUGAUUCAUAAGAAACUACCGACCGGACUUCAAACCACGCCAUAUCCUCGUUUUACGGCAUUUUCGGUCACGAAUAAUAGCAAACAAACGGGCUUCCGUAGGGAAAUCACGCAUGCGCACGGCUUUAAUGUCGUCUGUUCCAGGCAUGUUUUUGCGAUAGCUGUCUGGUUUCAAAACUUUAUUCACCAUGAAAGGUAGAUUUAAUACAGUCGAUAUUAGGGCUGUCAUCGCCGAGAUCAAUGCCAACUUCCUUGGUAUGAGAGUAAAUAACAUCUAUGAUAUCGACAACAAGACUUAUUUAAUCCGUCUGCAAAAGCCAGACACCAAGGCUGUGCUGUUGCUGGAGUCUGGAAUACGCAUUCACUCAACAGAGUUUGAAUGGCCCAAAAAUAUGAUGCCCUCUGGCUUUGCCAUGAAAUGCCGGAAACACCUGAAGUCUCGGCGGAUGGUGAUGGUGAAACAGCUGGGAGCGGACAGGAUCGUGGACAUCCAGUUUGGCUCAGACGAAGCAGCCUACCACCUGAUAAUUGAGCUUUAUGACAGGGGAAACAUUGUCCUGACUGACCACGAGUAUAUGAUCCUGAACCUGCUGCGUUUUCGCACGGCUGAAGCAGAGGAUGUGAAGAUUGCUGUUAGGGAGCGAUACCCUGUAGAGAGUGCCAGGACCCCAGAGCCCCUUAUCAGCCUGGAAAGGCUCACUGAAAUCCUGUCCAGUGGCACUAAAGGAGAACAAGUGAAAAGGAUCCUCAAUCCACACCUUCCAUAUGGGGCCACCCUGAUCGAGCACUGCCUGAUGGAGGUCGGCCUCUCUGGCUUUGUGAAGUUGGACAGCCAGUUUGACAUUGCUCAAGAUGCUCAGAAGGUUCUGAAAGCUCUUGAGAAAGCAGAAGAGUACAUGGAGAAAACGGCAAACUUCAGUGGGAAAGGCUACAUCAUCCAGAAAUGUGAGAAGAAGCCAAGUUUAGCACCAGACAAACCUCCAGAGGAAUUACUCACGUAUGAAGAGUUCCACCCCUUUCUGUUUGCCCAACAUGCCAAGAGCCCAUUUGUGGAAUUUGAAUCUUUUGACAAGGCAAUGGAUGAGUUCUAUUCGAAGAUGGAGAGCCAGAAGAUUGAUGUGAAGGCCCUUCAGCAGGAAAAGCAAGCUAUGAAGAAACUGGACAACGUGAAGAAGGACCAUAUGCAACGGCUUGAGGCAUUGCACCAAGCACAGGAGGUGGAUAGGCUGAAGGGAGAGCUGGUGGAGAUGAACCUUGCCAUGGUGGACCGGGCACUGCAGGUAGUGCGGAGUGCGCUGGCCAACCAGGUUGACUGGACAGAGAUUGGCCUGAUUGUGAAGGAGGCCCAGGCAGCCGGUGACCCUGUGGCCUGCGCCAUUAAGGAGCUGAAGCUGCAGACCAACCACAUCACCAUGCUGCUCCGGAAUCCGUAUAUUGGCUCAGAUGAGGAGGCAGAGGAGGAGCAGGAGGAGCCAGAAGAACCAGACGAGAACGAGGGGCAGAAAGGGAAGAAGAAGAAGAACAAGAACAAAGUGCAGAAGACUAAAGCACAGAAGAACAAACCCAUGCUGGUUGAUGUGGACCUUAGCCUUUCGGCCUAUGCCAAUGCAAAGAAAUACUAUGACCACAAGCGGAAUGCAGCUAAGAAGGAGCAGAAAACGGUGGAAGCUGCCCACAAGGCUUUUAAGUCGGCAGAGAAGAAGACCAAGCAAACACUGAAAGAGGUUCAGACAGUGACAACCAUUCAGAAGGCCAGAAAAAUCUACUGGUUUGAGAAGUUUCUGUGGUUCAUCAGUUCUGAGAAUUACCUCAUCAUCGCAGGGCGGGACCAGCAGCAGAACGAGAUGAUCGUCAAACGUUACUUGAGGACAGGUGACAUCUACGUCCACGCUGACCUCCAUGGCGCCACCAGCUGCGUCAUCAAGAACCCAACGGGUGAGGCCAUUCCUCCCCGCACACUGACGGAGGCGGGCACCAUGGCGGUGUGCUACAGUGCAGCCUGGGACGCCAAGGUCAUCACCAGUGCCUGGUGGGUGCACCAUCACCAGGUGUCAAAGACAGCCCCCACUGGAGAGUACCUGACCACUGGUAGCUUCAUGAUCAGAGGAAAGAAGAACUUCCUGCCACCCUCCUAUCUCAUGAUGGGAUUUGGAUUCCUCUUUAAGGUGGAUGAGCAGUGCGUGUGGAGACACAGAGAUGAGCGGAAGGUGAAGACUGUGGAGGAGGACAUGGAGUCUGUGACCAGCAGCACUGCAGACCUGCUUGUUGAUGGGGAGGAGCUCAUAGGUGAGGACAGUAGCAACGAAGGAGAGGAGGAUGAUGCUGGAGAGCAAGGAGAAGAAGGAAAAGGGGAGGGGGCUGUGAAGGACGAACCCGCUGCAGAAGAUGCAGAAGAGAUGGAAGAGGAGGGGAAGGGGCAGGACUCCAAAGAGAAUGUGUUGAAGGAAUCCAAGGAGGCAGAACAUUCAGAGGAGGAGUCUGACCACGAGGAGCUACCAGAGGGAGAGGGGGAGGAGGAGGAGGAAGAGGACGGCGAGGAGGGCGAGGAGGAGAUCAGCUUCCCUGACACCACCAUCCCCCUGUCCCACCUGCAAUCGUCCAGGGGCCUCCAGAGUGCAUCUUCUGGCUUCAAACAGCAAUCAUCCAAUCAGUCAGAAGUGGACGUGGAUUUGCUGGGGAGAAAACACCUGACAGCCAAGCAACGGAGAGAUAUGAAAAAGAAGAAGAAACCACAGGAUGGCAGUGAAGACCAGGAAGACACAGAGAGCAAAGGCGAGGAGUCAGUUGCAGCCAAUCAGGACAAAAAGAAUACUGCCAAAGGCGGAGAAUCCCAGCAGCCUUUGAAGAGAGGCCAAAAGAACAAGAUGAAGAAAAUCAAGGACAAGUAUAAGGAUCAGGACGAGGAGGACAGGGAGCUACGCAUGAAACUCCUGGGGUCUGCAGGCUCAAAUAAGGAAGAGAAGGUGAAAAAGGGCAAAAAGGGGAAGGGGAAAGAGGACCCAGCAGUGCGGAGAGGUCCCCAGAAACCAGCACCGAAACCCCGGCCACAGGGGAGCGCUGUGAAGGGCCCAGAAUCCCAGGCUGCAGAGGAGGUUCCAGCAGGUGAACAGGAACAAGAUGAAAAGGAGGCUGAUGACCCAGAACAGGACAACCCUGGAGCAGAGGAGGGAGAGAACCUGCUGGUCUCUCUCACGGGUCAGCCUCACUCAGAAGACUUGCUGCUCUUUGCUGUGCCUGUGUGUGCCCCUUACACAGCACUCACCAACUACAAGCACAAAGUGAAGCUGACUCCAGGAACGCAGAAGAAGGGAAAAGCGGCCCGGACGGCAGUGUUCAGCUUCAUGAAAUCCAGGGAGUCCACGGCCAGAGAGAAGGACCUUUUCCGCAGCGUAAAGGACACAGAUUUAUCAAGAAACAUCCCUGGCAAAGUGAAAGUAUCAGCACCCAAUCUGCUGGCAGCUAAGAAGAAAUGAGCUGUACUGCCUGUAAGAAAGCAGGAAAGGACGAAACACUGAACAGAUCCUUGGACUGCUACAAUUUGCCAAUUUUGAAAAUAAUUUAGAGGAGAGACCGGGGUUGUUGACAUGAUGGGAGCUGUGCUGCACUCGGUCGAUCCAGAUGCCUUUAAUAUCCAAUAUGAAAUUAUACCUUCAGAAGGCUUUAUAGCAGACAACUGAAACUUGGAUGAUUACAAGAAUCCCUUCAACUACUGGCACUUUUCCAGUUGACCUUUCUCUACAAUCUCCCACCUAAGCAAAAUCUAAAAACUUAUUUUUACACUUGCAUCUUUUCUUUGAGAGAAUAUGAAGAAACCCUAUCCCCUUUUACAUUGUACAUUUUAUGUUCAAGAUUUAAAUGGCAGGGGGAAAAGGUACACCAAAUUGGACAAAGCUGAAAAUGUGGAUGAAAAAUAAAAUGUACAACUGA